AGAUAGUCCACCAGAGUGGGGAGCCUGCUGCUCCUGGGACUUCCUCACAUGGAUCUGGAGUCCAGCUGAAGCAGGACAGGACAGGUAGUCGCCUUCCCAAACGAAAUGGAGGACUUUGAAUUCAGUGUGGAGGUCUGUGACCGUGACUGGGAGCGUUUCUUUGCAGAGUGUGAGGAGUGUAAUCUACUCCCCCCUUCUUUAGCAGGUGUGGAUGACUCAGGAAUGAGUGAUCUAGAUGAUAGAGGGUCCUUUCUUGCCAAGAAACCCCAAAAGGUCAACUCGGCACCGGGCAACUUAACAAGUGACCCCCCUAAUGGUGGCCCGCUAUUCCACCAGGGCUCUCCUGUGGAAAGCAGCCUUGGUAAACACGGCACUGGUGGAGUUGAGAGCAUUCUCUCGGACAGUGAGGAAGACACACAUCUACAGUCUGUCAAUAUGUUUUUUGAAAGGCUGAAGGGUCUCACGGAGGCUGGGCCAAGCCAAGCAAGAGUUGGAAACAGCAGGGAGGCAACACAAAAGGAGGAGCGGAGUGAUGACGGGCAACAAGCCAGGAGGACCACUUUGCCAAAAAACUUCCCAGAGUUAAACACUCUGCCUGCCAGGGGUGAAACAGCUGCUGGCAAAGAGACCACUAAACCUGUCAACACCACUAUAAAAAAAACUGAAGCUGAAUCUGACAUUUCUUCUGAACCAGAAGCUUGCCAUAACUUAGAAUUCAAGACCUGCAAAUUAACCAAAACACAGUUAUUCAUUACAGAAGAAGACUGCACAGAAACCAAGGUAAAUGAGGUAAUUCACUGGAAUCAGUCUCAGGUCCAAACAGAAACCUCACUGUUCCAUGCUGUGGAAAUGGACACAAAUGUCAAUGAUGCAACCCUGGAAGGUUUGCUGAUGAGUCAAGUUGUUCUCCGUAAAAAAUGCAGCAUGAGAGGGGAACAAACCCCCAGCCAGGAAUCGUCUCCCUCUGCAUCAAUCAAGAGAAAGAGGAGAAAAAGGAGGCGGCUCAGUGCGGAGGCAGGCGAUGGCGGGAAGAUGUGUGAGAGGCAGGCUUUAAGUGACUCAGAUGGUGAAACUCAUGCAACGAGGCAAGAAACAGGCUUAUGUUUGUUGGGAAAAUCAUGUAAUGAUCCACAAAUCAGCCCAUCCUAUACGUUUUGUCCAUGUUCAGAGGAUGCGUUCUCAAAGGAUGUAAAGACAGAGCUCUGCCACUCUGAACCUAGAGACGGCUUUUGCCAACAGUUGACGAGGAGACAGAAAACGUGUACAGCAACAGGCUUAGCUGAGAAUAAUUCAACUGACUGCCAGCCAGCAACUUUUCUGCAUCAAAGUAAUGGACGUGUUAUUUCCACAACAAGCAAUAGUCCUUAUGAGGAUCCAGUCAGCAACCUCCAGGUAGAAGAAUCACCUGGGCUGAACGGACACUCCUGGCUCCAAGAUAUUGUUCCAGGUGUGACUGAUUCUUCACAACAUCACAAGCAGGAUCUGAACACAGACACCUUCCAGCUGUCUGAUAAAAUAAAAACUUCCAGGUUACAAAAUCAAGGAAAUUCAAAGUGUUUUACAGCAGCAGACGUCCAAACAGUUGGGCCUUUAUCCAGUUUAAAGUCAUGUGUCCCUGCAGUGGAAGUCUGCCAAAAGGAUCAACUAUCUGCUGCUAAGAAUCUCUUGGCUAAAGAGAAUGGAAAUAUUGGCAGGGAUGAAAAAAUGCUGCGUCAAAGUGAGGCUGAGCUCCAACUACCACUGGAAAAUGACUCACAAGACAAACAUCAAUUCAAUAACACUACGCUGGAAAUCACGGCAUUUUCUCCGUCUGCAUUCGCUGAUGUUAACUCUGCCUCUCAUUGUGAAGAAUUUUCCUCCCUGGAGUCAAAGACCUGCUCAGUCAAAGUUAAGACUUCCAGAGAAGUGAUCUCUGUCAAUGUAACUCCACAUAAUCCAUCACCUCACCAAAACUGUCUUCUUUUUAGUUCAUCCUCUUCAGAUACAAACCAGGCAGAUAUUUCAUUGGGGGCUAAAACAUCAAAUCUUUUACCAGAAAAAAACUCAAAAUCUGAAAGGAUUUUGUCUAAAGAACCAAACAAGUCAGGUUUAAGAAUCAACAGCCUCCAAGAAACCAAUUUGUCCCUAUUGAAAGACAGACCGAUAAACCCUUCGGACAUUUCAAAUGUCUCGUCAUGUUGUAGUCUGGAUACUAAAUCUGAUUCUUUUUUAAAAAACAACUUGACAGAAACAUCAUCUGAAAACCAAUCUGUAGAUCUAACAGAGAAAAAGCUGGAAAUCUUGUCAAAAUGCAAAGACAUGAAUGUCACAUCUAAACCCGAAAACCAUCCAGAUCCAGUUUGUAAUUCCAUGGCUGAAACAGAAGAUGCUGUCUCUAAACCGGCAGGUGAAACUGAAAACAAAGAGAAAUCUGUGUUUGCUAUGUCUUCCUUUUGGCGUGAGAUGGAAACACUGACAAUAAAUGACAUACUGGGUUUACGGAAGAUCGGAAAAAGUGCUCCCAGCACCUUUCUUCCCCCAGUGCAGGAAGAAGAGGAGGCUGACUCAAACAUUUUCACCGAUAUGGAUGAACUGAAACCGAAGAAAACAGCUGAGAAUUCAUCUUCCAUAGACUCCUAUUCUCCCAGAGAAGUUACAUGGGAGUGCGAACCCGUGCUGGUGAGUCAAGAUGCCAGUAUUUACCCAAAGGCCAUGUUGGCACUUGUGGCUGACACAUCUGAACCAGUUUUUAGUGAAAUGACCCACAAGUCCCUCAAAAAGAUCUCCAAAACAAUCAGUGUGCACAAUUUGCCAUCUCUGGAAUCUGAGACAUGCAGCUUCUCACACAAGGGGGAUCUUUUAGAAAGCUUAGAAGAAAGAGAAAUCAAAAACAUUGAGAACUUCCCCGUGGAUUCUGCACUAAAGAAAGAUGUAGACACCAGACCUUCUUUUUCAGAAAGCUACAGCAUUUCUCUCCCAAAUAUUUUUCGCUAUGUCUUUGGAGAGAAGCCAUCAGCUCCCAUUCAGUCUGCUGCAGAUGGAGGAUCCAGUUUUUCAUAUGAUGGAAACUCUGUACCUGAAACAUAUGACCAUUUUUUCUCCGAGUUCGAUACAGAGAGCUUCUUCUACCCUCUUACAACAGCAGAAGAGAAGGCCAAAGACCGGCCAGUCACGAUCUUCUCCUACUCUCGCUCAUCUUCUAGAAACAUAAACUUUCCUGAGGCCUAUGAGUAUUUCUAUGCAUCCUCCUCAUCUGAGGACUCUUCGGUGGGAUCUGAUGAUGAAGAUUUCUUUGGUCCUGUGAAGGUGGUGAGCAGGUACAGUCAAAGAGCAAGCUUAACCCCUGUUGCCACAGACCCGUACGAAGACUUCUUCACAGAAAAUGACCUCGAACAGGAUUUUUUCUCUCUGAGGUCACUUUCAUUCAGGAAUGCUAAUUUUAAAGCAUCUCAGAGCCAAAAGCAAGAGUCCUACGCCAUGUCUCUUGUGCCUGUACAGCACAGUGAGACUUCCACUUUGAGGGAGGCUCCUCCCAUCAGUGAAAAGGGAUAUCAAGAUCUGACGAGUUCUGAUCCACGUCUUUACGAACUGUACAACAGGAUCUCCAGACAACCAGAGCAACUGCCAUUGAGUUAUGAAGACUUCCAAAUGACUGUUAUGAAUCCAAGGUUGGAUGCUUCCCUGCUCCCCCUCAAACACUCAGACAUGUGUUUGGUUUGCAUUGCUUUUGCUUCGUGGGUCUUGAAAACUGCAAAUCCACAAGUUGGAGAUGCUUGGAAGGCGGUUCUGCUGGCAAAUGUAAGCGCUCUGUCAGCCAUCCGUUACCUACGCAAGUACGUCAAAGUGGAGGCUGCAGCCAGUGAGAAGAAGUUACCCAAACUCACUCAAAGUUAAACUCUUGAUUUCUCUGCCUCUGUUAUCUAUGAUCCAUUUCCGAAGAUGUGAACUUUUACACAACCUCUGAUCAAACAAAGAAACAUUUGUUUGCACUAGUUUUGGUCACAGAAUAACUUAUUUUGAAUGUAAUAGUUUAAAUCCAACUAAGGCAAAAGCCAGGAAACGUGAAAGCACUGAAUUGAAACUUUAAAUGACCAAAUGCAGGAUGGAGAAUGUCUGGUUUCAAAUGAUUGUAAUUAAGGAUUGUGAGUUUGUUCCUAAGAGAGACUAUAUAGGAAAGUAAUUGAUGAGAGUGUGGAAAAUUGAUUACUGUGAAAUUGUAGAGUAAGGUUUUUUUGGCUGAUUUUGUUCUUUUACGUGACAGAAGCAAAGAACAGUUUAUUGAUAAUUUCACCAUCUUUUUUUUUUUAGAAUUUUGCUAUUUUUUUUUCCACUUUGGAACUAAAGUUGAGGACAAUUUUCUACAUAGUUAAGACAAAUAUAAAUGUAAGGGCAUUUUCAUUUUCAAAUUGACUGUUUUAAUAUUUUGUGCAGUUAGUUAUUACAGGAAAAAGGGAGCUGUUGUGUUCUCAAUAUUACGUAUUGUCUUCAUGGUGUGCUCACUCACAGUAAAAUGUUCCAUAGAUUACUAGAUGAAAUAUUUCAAACACUAGAGGGCGGUAUGUAGUCAUGUUAAAGCUGAAGGACUUAACUGAACAGCUUCAGUUCCCUCUAAGCAUGCACUGUAUACCUCAGUGUAACCCGUGUAAUCCUUGUACUAUCCUAGGCACUUUAACGUUGGGAAUUGGGUCAUCUAGACACACUAGACAGUGCUCUGAACCUUUUUAUUUUCAAUGAUUUGUGAUCUUCA